AUGGUGAUGCUUAAGGUAAUGAUCGAAAAACUGCUAAUUAAAAGGCGCGAUGUUUACAAGUACAACAGGUUCAUUGAAGACGAGAAAAUGAAUACCUUGGAGUUACCAGCCGAUGUAAAAAAAGGGCAGUUUGCGGUAUUUGCAACCGAAGGAAAUGAAGCUAAGAGGUUUAUCGUUGAACUGGAUUGUCUAAAUAAUCCUGCAUUCUUGAAACUGUUAGAGAAAGCUGAACAGGAAUUCGGGUUCGAACAAGGUGGAGUCCUUGCGCUGCCUUGUAAACCAGAUGAGCUCAAGAGAGUUUUAAGUACUAGAGUUGGUAGAAGAAAUUAG